AUGGUAUCCGUUUAAACGAAUUAUGACGUAGCGAUGAAUGUGAGUCGUGACGUCAUCCACUAUCCCAUAGACCUUAUUCAAAAUGGAGGGCAAGAAAAGAUCGCCGGUAUGGAAAUUCUUUUCUGUUGUAGAACAGGGGGGUAAAACAGGCGCUAAGUGUUCGCUGUGUGCAGCGACAACGUCGUACUCAGGGGGUAGUACGGGAACUAUGGCGAAUCAUUUAAAGUUCAAGCCUAAGUCCCUAAUUAACAUUGACAAUAAUGACAAGAACGGCAACGCCCAUUCUCAAAAGCUAAUAACUGCGUUCAGCCAACGUGCUACCAGCAUGUCAAAAGAACACUGGCAACGAUGCGCCGAGGCAUUGGCGUGUAUGUGCGCUCGUGACCUUCGCCCUAUGAGUAUUGUUGAAGAGGUUGGUUUCAAAAACUUUUGCAAUACGUUAAACCCAGCAUUUAAAGUUCCAGGAAAAACCACCAUUGCUAAAUACAUAUAUUAUCAGUUAUGAUGAAAUGAAAGAAGAACUGGUUCGCUUGUUAAACAAACAGAUCGGGGUGGCACUUACGUGUGACCACUGGACAAGCUGUGCUGUCGAGGGAUACGUCACUGUUACUGCUCAUUUUGUUGAUGACGAAUUUUACUAUCACAAUUGCGUACUAGAAACACGUCAAACAACAGAACGACACACAGGGAUGAACAUAGCUCAAGAUCUAAAAGUUGUUAUCAGUGAGUUUGGUAUUGAGAAAGAGGGAGUAACUGCUCUGGUCUCUGACAAUGCGUCUAACAUGGUUGCAUGUAUGGAGCACAUGGGUGGAAUUAUGCACAUAAGGUGUUUUGGACACACCCUCCAGCUGUCAAUUAGAGGCGCAUUCGAUGACAUACCAUCAAUUUCAGGUACCAUCGUCGCUGGUAGAAAGCUUGUAUCAUACUUUCGCCGAUCAGUUGUCGCUAACAACGAAUUGAAAGUCCGCCAAAAACAAAUGCACUUAACAGAACAUUCACUGGUAUUAGACUGUCCAACGCGUUGGAACUCGACAUUUGACAUGUUUGAACGACUGAUUGAACAACGUCUAUCUGUCUAUGCUGUCGUACACAACAUGAAAAGUCCAGGUGAUGCCCGAAUACUCGAUCUGACCGACAGUCACUGGACCAUCAUAGAGGGGAUGAUACCUGUACUGAAGCCACUCUAUAUGGCCACACGGAUCAUGUGCUCAGAAGAGUAUCCGACCAUUAGUGGACUCGAUCCUAUCCUCUAUAGCUUGAAAAACCACCAUCUUCUGGUAAAAGACACUGACUGUGUCAGUGUGGCGACUUUCAAAGAAAAGUUACUCGCAGACAUUCACAGACGUUACAGUCUCAACGACGACAAGAUACUGAGCAGCCUUACUAUGCUUGCUACUUUCCUUGACCCAAGAUACAAAAAUCUGCCAUUUCUAUCUGAUGAGCAAAGAGAAACUGUGAAAGCUAAUGUUCUGUCCGGUGUGAAUGCACUGCAAAUUCCCAAUGAUUAUCAAAACAACCCCUCCCAAAUAGAUGCAUCCACGAGCGCUUCGCCUACGGUUUCUGCAGAUGCUGAUGGAAUUGAGCCCUGUUUGAAAUAUGCUAAAAUGUCGCAAGAUGAAGUGUCAUUCCUGCUCGGGCCUUAUUUUAACACAGAAGAGUGUGAGAUCAUUGUUCCCACGUCAAGUAGUGAGGAGUUGGCUCUUUACAUGACCGUGAAGCCAAUCGGCACAAACAAGAAUCCGUUUGAUUGGUGGAGACUGAAUAAAACGGUGUAUCCAACACUAGCUGUACUUGCGAGACAUGUUCUGUCUGUGCCCGCCACGUCCGUCCCCUCAGAACGUGUUUUCUCAGUUGCAGGCGGAACUGUUACAAAACUGCGUGCUUCUCUCGAUUCAGAUUCGGUCGACAAGCUUAUAUUUCUGAAUAAGAGCAUCCGCGAUAAAAAUGUCCAACAAGAAAAAGCUGUUCAAGAGUCUGCCGCCACCGCCCUUGUGAAACAGGAGCCAGUCAAAUGAAACUGUUGAUGUCGCCGAGACUCGGCCUGCUCUACCCCAGUUUGAUCGACUUAACUGAAACGUUUCGCGUUGAAAACAGUUUUUGUUAUUUAAUAUUGCUGAAACUAUUAAUGUCCAAGAUUUGCGGCUUCUUGUUUCAUUAUUUUUUUAUAGAAACCUUUUUUUUUUCUUUUUUUUUUAUAGAAACCUUUUUUUUUUAAACUUGAAAACAUUGAGUAAAUUGAAAAAAUAAUUUUAUGUUGUGCUGACUUGUGCUUUUGAUAUUUAAUAUGGCUGAAACUAGUUCUUAGCAAGGAAAAAUAUAAUAUUAACGUCUCAGAUUCGCCACCUACUCUUGCACCGUUACAUUAUUUUAGUUGACACUUUUACAUUUGAAAAAUUGAGAACAUUGCAUAAUGGAAGAAUUCUGUUGUUGUGUUAUGCAUAUUUUGAUAUUAUGGCUGAAAAUAGUUAUAUUCUGUUCAUUGCUUCAUACUAAUUCCAAUAAAUUAUGGAAAAUGGG